CUCCAUCUCAGGUCAUAAUCUACCAUCUCAAAGAAAAAAACAAAAAAAAAAAAAGCAAAAAAGGAACGUCUAUGCUGCUAAAGAGGGGCUGAAGGUCGUGUCCGACUCAUAGAUCGAGGGUUGCGAAGUGAGCAGAGACACCCAGAAUCAUCGGAUCAAGCUCCCAUCCAUUAGUUAUCAGACAGUAGAUUACAUUAUACACGUUCAAAUGGCUGAAUUAACUUUAAAGGGGCUUGUUAUCUUUUCAGUCAGGAGGUCACGAGUAUCUACUUCAAUUUUACUUACCUGCUUUAUCAUACUUCCAACACCUGCAGAGGUAUGCUACGUGCGCAAUGCAACUGGAAUCAGCCCAGCACGAAAAGGUGGAUUUGUGUGGUGGAAGCGACCAAAUAGUCAAGGAUGCUUGACUGGCCAUCAUAAGCGAGAAAGAAACAGGACAAAGGUACGAACGAAGCACGGAGUCAGCCAGCUUCACAUUUCAUGCAUACAGCUGCACCACCAACUGGCCCCAAACAAACCGGUCCAAGUCGGUGGUCGUAUGUCGACCGACCGAGCUCUCGACCUUCGGGCUCGGUCGAUGGUACUUAAUCCUGGUCGGGGGGUCUGAUCCAUAUAUAACUACUAGCCGGGAGUAGAAUCAUGGGUAGCUAUCCACGCUCCAAUCCAGGGUCAUCAACGAAGAGUCUAGGUUGUCUUAGAGGCCUUAGCCAGCCGCC